UCCCCAAAUAAAAGCCAACUUCUACCGUUUAUUUGAUCUUUAACUCUCAUUCAGGUUUCAGCUCAUAAUUCCCACAACCCACAACAAUAAACAACUCACCCUUCUCUCUCUCUCAAAAGAUGUCCAAAAUCAUGUGGAAGAAUUUAUGCUUCCCCAAUUUCAUCAAAUGCCUACCCACAAUCCAAGCUCCACCUGAUCAACCCUCUAACCAAAACCCACCACCCCCUCCCUCCACCACCACCACAUGUACAUCUCUCCUCAUCAAAAACUUCAACACCCUCUAUGACUUCAACUUUAUCAACUCCUCCUCCUCCAAGUCCCUCACACCCUCCUCCUCCUCCUCCUCCGCCGACGAAGUCCACACUUCCUCCUCUGAUUCAGACUCCGACCUCUCCCCUCCUGAUUUCGCCACCAUCUUCGCCUCCCAACGCUUCUUCUUCUCCUCUCCGGGCCGCUCCAACUCCAUCACCGAGUCUCCGCACACAACCACCACCAAACCCAACAAGCCUCAUCACAAAACAACGUUGGUCACCAAAGGCGUGCGCGUUCGCAAGUUCUCCUCAAACCCUUACUUGGACUUCAGGCGCUCCAUGGAGGAAAUGCUUGAAGCUAAUAGAGAUCAUCAUAUGUUGGUGGGCCAUGAUCAUCAUCAUCAUCAUAGCACAAGUGAUGACGUGGAGUAUCUACAUGAGCUGCUUUUGUGCUACCUCUCACUCAAUCCCAAACAAGCCCACAAGGACAUUAUCAGCGCCUUCACUGACCUUGUCAUCUGCCUGCUGUCUGCUAACUCGUCAGCGCCAGCUUCAGCCGCCGAUCACCGUCGAGAAAACCCCCAAACGCAUUAGCGGUGGUGGUCCUUGUCUUUUGCGGAUGGUUAAUAGUCAUGUAACGGUUGUCGAAAAACGAAGAAAAAACGACAAAGAAAGAAAAGGGCGUUUGUCUUUGCUCCUUCUCUUUAUGGGUUUUCAAGGUAUGUGUCAUGUUUCAUGUAUGAGGACAAAGGAAAAAUGUGUAUUCUGAUGAUCAGAAAACCUAGGAAGCGUGGGAUGUGUUGAGGUCUCGAGAUGAAUGUUUAUAAUUUUUCUUUCAAAUUUUGUUCUAGUAUAUUAGUUAAUUUGUUGAAUUGUUGUGUAAAAA